CUCUCUCCACAGCAAUGUUACAAUGGUUCAAGUUGAUGGUGGCAAGACUAUAGGUAUAAAGACUGCUGAAGAUCCUCUCAUUGUUAUGCAUUUAGAUGCUGGCUUCAUCCACAGUGUUCCAAACAUCUUGUAUGCAACUGCUGCAAAUGGAGGAAGGGAAACAUCUCCCUGCUGCUCUCCUUUCAACCUCAUUCCUUUGAUAUCUUCUCCGGGUGAGCAACUUAUGCUUUUGAGCUUCUCAUCCUCCUCCGAGGUGAUGCUCGUCGGGCCUAAGCAACAUCGUAUCAAUAAUCUCAAACCAGAGUUUUAGUUCAACAACUUAAUCUCCUUUUAGAUUGAGAAUAUGAAAUGAUGUGCAAGAAAUCUUUUGUAAAGAGUUCUUAACAGUACUUCACAUAAAAAAAAAAAAAAAAUCUUCACACAAUAAUAAGAACGAGAAAUAAAAUGAGAAAAUUAAC